AGAGCCUGUCGGGCCAGUGUCUCGCAAGGAUGCGUUGUCGGUGAACUGCUCCGUACGCCGAACCUUCGCCUUCCUCGCGCGCGUUUGUGGGUGACAGAUCUUCGUCUGAGAAGUCGCUGUGAACGUUUUGAUUGCGGAUAGACUACCAGGGCGAAGCGUCUUCCGAAACUGCGGCCAGCUAUGCCGCCUGGUGCACCGCCUUCCGGCUGUGGUAUUGAAGGUCGGACCACCACUGGCGCGCAGUUGCUCCCUGGAAGUAGGAGUCGGCAGAGAGAAACCGAGGAGUCUGGGUCUCCAGUGAGCGACCUGUGAGGGCGAAGACGCUCCGUGACUUCACAUUCUCCAAAGAAACAACUCAGCCAUGUCCGGCACUUUCUACAGAGUGAGCUGAAAAAAACAAAACAAGAACAAAAGAACUCGAGCGUGUAUUCCGGUAUCAUGCAAGUGCUCCAAUCAUCCAGUCAUGAAAACCCCGUCGGACGCUUCCCGACAGCAGUUGACGAGCAAUAGAUGCGAACCCAGCUUAUUAGGGAGCCAUCGCGCCGCUGACACUUCAAGUCCGGCGCACCAUGCAUCGCACGGGUCUUCGCGAAAUCUCCGAAUCCGGUGACCAGGGCAGCUGACGACGGGACCUCCAGCGAGGAGGCCAUGUAGCCAGCCCGGGCCGAGUAUUCCACCGAUGGCCGCGGCGGCGUUGCGCCAUCCCUGGGUCCCUUGACGGGGGCUCGCCGACGAUGCACCGGCAGACUGCGUCUAGACCCUCUCCGAGUGCCCUCCUCCUCUCACUGCUCAUCAUGGCAGCCGCCGCCGCGGGAGCGGGAGGCACGGCUUCGCCGCACGGCGGUAGCUGCCCGUCGGCCUGCAGCUGCAAGUGGAGCGGCGGCAAGCGCACCGCCGAGUGCGCCGGCUUGUCGGGCAGCGUGCCGCAGCACCUGCCGGGCGACACGCAAGUGCUAAACCUCACCGGAAACAUCCUCAAAACCCUGCCGGGCGGUCACUUCCAGCAGGCGCGCCUGGUGCACCUGCAGCGCAUCUACCUGUCGCGCUGCGGCAUCGUCCUCAUGGCGGACGACGCGUUCCGAGGCCUCAACAACCUCGUCGAGCUCGACCUGAGCCACAACUUCCUCACGGCCGUUCCCAAGCUGGCGCCCUAUUGCCCGCUGCUGCGACGAUUGCAGCUCAGCGCAAAUCCCAUACAGAGGCUGGGCGGACACAGCUUCCGAGGACUGCACAGUCUCGUCUCGCUCGAGCUCAGUCAGUGUCAGCUGGCCUGGCUCGAAACGAGCGUCUUCGCCGAUCUACAUUCACUAGAGGUACUUCGACUCGACGGCAAUCGGCUACGCUCGCUACCUCCGGACGGCCUGACACUGCCACCGCUGCACUCGUUGGACCUGAGCGACAACCCGUGGCACUGCGACUGCAACCUGCGCAGCCUGCGGCAGUGGAUGCAUCAACGCAACGUGCCGCUCUCGGUGCCGCCGCGCUGCGAAGGGCCUCCCAGGCUCGCCCGGCGCCUCUGGAGCCAGCUGGAACCGGACGACUUCGCCUGCGCGCCUCGAGUGGCGGCCAGCGAGCUGCGCGUAGGCGCCGUCGAAGGCGAGAACGCCACGCUACAGUGUGACAUCAACUCCCUGCCGGCCGCCAACGUCAGGUGGCUCUGGAGGAGCCGCGUCAUCGUCAACCUGUCGCUCAUAUCGUUCGGGCGUCAGAUGUACCUGCUGCGGGCCAGCCAAAAUGGCCGCCGUCAGCAGUCGAGCACUCUCACCAUCAUCAACGUGAUGCUCAAGGAUAGCGGACGCUACGUGUGCGCCGCGGGCAACCGCGCUGGCAACCAGACGGCCAACGUGACGCUCAUAGUGCGACCGCGUUCAGCCGACCUCGCUGCGCUGUCGGCGCCCGAGAUAGUCGGCAUCGUGCUAGGCCUACUUCUGCUCCUCGCCCUAGUCGCCGCCUCGGCGUGCCUGCUGGCAGUGCGCAGGCCUGUAAGCAGGGGGCCUCGGGCCGCGAAGGAGACGCAGAUGCGGCUCGAGUCGCUCCUGCUCGAGUCCAAGCAGCGGUCGUCGGACGCCGGCAGUCUGCAGGCCAACUCCGAGGAGCAGUCCGGGAGUCCGGCUCCCCUGCUGAGCUCCAACAAGAAGCAGGCGACGGCCAAGUCGGGCAUCGUGGCGGCCGUGUUGCGUGGCGAGUAUAGGACUCUGCGCGCGUGCCGCGGCGCGAACAAGGAGGAAGAACAAGGUGGCGCUAGCGACGUGGUGACUGACGCACUCCGCGUGUCUGCCGGUGCACCGAGGCACGAACUGGUGUGCGCGACCAGAAAGCGGCCCCCGGCGAUCGUGGCCAAUCCGCUAUCACCCGGUGCGAGGGAUUCGCCGGACGAGGGGCUCGGAGAUGAGCGAGAGUACGAGACAGACAUCCUUGACUGACCUAUCGGAGGUGGCCCGAUGAAACGACGCCUGCCAAGCGGUCGCGUGGAUUUCCACUGCUCAUCACCAUCAUGAAUGGUCACCAAAACAUUCUUCCUUCGGCGGAGCGAAAAACAGAACACUACGUAUCGAACACCACCGGUCUUAACUCAACGCAUAUCGACGGUUUUGAGAGGUCUGCCCAAAAGAGUAACAUCCGACGGCACCGUUUCCCUAGCCUGAUCAGAUCCCAAUGACUUCGGCUGCGCCAAGAUGUCGGCCUGAAAUGUGAGAAGACGCGAAUGUAAGAACUCCCGAAUGAACUACACGAAAGCGAGGUGUAAAUCUAAAAGUGAGGUAUAUUUUACGUGAUAAAGUAUUACGAGAACAUCUCGUAGUAAAGCCGAGUUUCGAAAAGUAACUAUAAGAGAUUUACGAAAGUUGAUGUUAAUACCGGAAUACUGAAUUUGUUUUGAAAGGGCACAACAAGGCGGGCGCCAGGCUUUGUUCCAGUUCUGAAAUCUUCCGCAAGCAGCGGACAUUAUAAGUCGAGUGGCGUUCAUUAUUUUCCCUUUCACGUGUACUAUAAUGUUGCUGAUUGCGUUUAACGUAAUACAACUGGAAUUAAAUUAACUGUCCUUAAUCUAUUGCAGGUAGGUACAAUAUAACAGGAAAUAAAUUGAGACCCGUAAAACUAUAUAACACAGAAAAAUGGCCAGGAAAGCUGUCGAUAACUAACAAAAAAAAUACCUGCUAGCGGAGAGGUGACCGCACUGACAAUAUAAAAAAAAGGAUCGACCAUCUUGCUUACAUUGGUGAUGUGAAGAAGUAAAAAAUCUGACUGACAAUGAGCGUCGAAGAAAAUUGUAGCAAUCGGAAUAUGGUAUGGUGUGGGAUCAAAAAUUUUAUUGAGAUCCUUGAGGUCGCGCUAGUUUCCUAUCCCGAAGCUCAUAAAAUAAAAAUUUGAAGCCGAGGAAUAUACGGAGGAUACUCAAAUGUCCUUGACUAACGUCCAUUGAAUGGGGAAACGAAUUAUUCUAGUCGGAGGAGAAGGCAGCCAUAUUGAAUAUAUAUAAAGAAAACGAAAAAAAAGGACAAAGACUGAGAAGCGAAAGGACCCCACAUCAGAUCUGAACCUCACUGAAAGUCUAUUCGCAAGGUUUGUUUAGGUACUUCGCAGGAUAUAUAUUUCCAGCAAUACUGUGGAGCCCCGAUGUCUCAAGCCUUCUCCGCUCCGUGGCGCCCGCAGUCCCCUGAUCUCAGAUACAACAGUGAUUUUCCCGAAUUAGAACACGUUACGGUGGCAUCACGUUCUUGUUUGCGAUGAAGAAGAAGGCCUCUUUCCCUCUUUGACCGCGAAUCAGAGAAGGAGGAGGGACCAUCAGUUGUUGUGGUGCGUCAUUGUCUGUUGUGUCUGUGCACCUGCUUGUUCGCGGUCUGUGUGUAUGUAGGUGUCCUUGUAUACCAAGCGAACCAAUCACGUGGCGCUUAGCCUCAUAGGGCGCAUCCCACGAUGACGACUACUACUACUACUACUACUACUACGUGAACUUCUUCAUCAUGAGGACUUAACCGAGUGAUGAUCAUCCCACGUGCGAAAACAGUCAAGAAAAAGAAGAAGAAAAGAAGCAAGCCAUGCGAAAGCGUCGCACUCGCAGCUCUGUGUUUGUGUGUCUGUGCUCGUGCGGCGUGUUCAGCUCGUAGGGUUGAAAAACAAACGUGAACAAAGACGGGUGCGCUUGAUGGAUACUACAACGUGCUGUGCAAUAGCUUCGAGACAAAGUGGACGCCUCCCCAUCUACGAGUGAAGCGCCCUCUGUGCCCCCUCGUGAUUUGACGUUGCGCGGAGGAGAGGGGGAAGGGAAAGGGAAGGAAUAAUCAACGUAGUGACAUCGACCCUCGUGUUCCAUUCCGGAGUAAUCAUAUUCAUUUUUUUUUCUCUGUUCUCGUUGUUACUCGCGUAUGACGCGUUACUUCGUCCGCGGGAGAGAUAUAUAGAGAGUGUGUCACGUCACGUUAUUGAUGCGAGACUAUCGGGAAGUGUGAAGGAAGGGUCUUAAUUCCUCGGAGAGUUCGCAGCUAGCUCGAACGAAAAACAAGAGAAAGCUGAAACAAACAUUCGAAGAGGAGAGGUUGCAGGACGUUGAAGUACUUUAAAGUAAGCUCCCUCUUUAACCUAAAGAGAAAGUCGAGGAAAAAGAGAGCUCUCAACUUUCUUUCGGGUGGGGCACCUAAUUAAACAGCGAAGGUCUCUACUUCGCUCGCGAAGUGUCACACGUUCGAGAAAAACGAAGGGGGGGGGAGAAAGGAAGUUGAGGAUCGGAACUUGCAUAACUUGCGCAGGGAGGGCCGCGCGAGGGAGGAAAAAGUAGAUAAUGAGAGAUAAUGUGCGUUGGCCAGACUAAAAAGAGGGAACACGACGAUAGUAACGUCAAAAAAAAAAAAAAGGUGGGGAAGUAAAGAAGGGAGACAAGGAUAGAAAGAGCGCGCCGAUACAUCGCUCUGUAACGACACUAGAGAUGAACAAAAGAGAAACAUAAGGAAAACAAAAUAGCGUGUUCUCCCCGUCAGCCACGUAAGGUAGUUGGCUAAGGGCACCCUUGGUGGGCGCUAAUCCGCGUACCCUACGCGGGGAUCGCGGGAGGGAUUUUCAGCGGCGACAAUGGGUCAUCGAGGAGCCGGCAGGCCUCAUCCAUCUUGCUCUCGAAGGAACGGUGUCAAAUUACGUGCGAAUAUUAAAAUGUUUUGUUUUCCUUA